CGGCUCAGUGGAACUCGAGCAUCCUUCCCAGGACUCGGAGACAACAGAGCCAUUUUGACCGACUCGGACUGUGACUAGACCGUCUGGAAGCCGCGCGCUCUCCUUCCCUCCGGCCGGGAGAGAGCAGGGACGGGUGGACCCCCGCGUCGUCAUCCUCUUCGUUCAGUGUUCAUGGCGAGAGGCAGCUGUUAGCCGAGAGGAGCCGAAAGCUGGCGGAGACGAGGGGAGGCGGACGAGCCUGAGAACCUGUCGGUGAAUCAGUGAAAGACACUUCACUGGCCUCCAGGCACAUCACCGGGGAAUUGUCCGAGGUGCUACAAGUACAGCAUCAUGGCAGGAGCUUCAGUGAAGGUAGCGGUUAGGGUCCGCCCCUUCAAUUCCAGGGAGAUUGGAAAAGAAAGCAAGUGCAUCAUUCAGAUGUCUGGGAAUACAACCACCAUCAUCAACCCAAAACAGGCCAAAGACAACAAGAGCUUCAACUUUGAUUACUCCUACUGGUCCCAUACUUCGCCGGAGGAUGUCAACUACGCCUCUCAGAUGCUUGUGUACAAAGACAUUGGAGAAGAGAUGCUGCUGCACGCAUUCGAAGGGUACAACGUCUGUAUCUUUGCGUACGGUCAGACAGGUGCUGGCAAGUCUUACACCAUGAUGGGCAAACAGGAUGUUAAAGACCAACAAGGAAUCAUUCCUUUGCUGUGUGAAGACCUUUUUACGAAAAUCAAUGACAACACAGACAACAGCAUGUCUUACUCUGUAGAGGUGAGCUAUAUGGAGAUCUAUUGUGAGCGUGUGCGUGACCUGCUAAACCCCAAAAACAAAGGAAACCUGCGUGUGAGAGAGCAUCCUCUGAUGGGUCCGUAUGUGGAGGACUUGUCCAAGCUGGCUGUCACCUCCUACAAUGACAUUCAGGACCUGAUGGACUCCGGAAACAAAGCCAGGACGGUGGCUGCGACCAACAUGAAUGAGACCAGCAGCCGUUCACAUGCCGUUUUUAACAUCAUAUUCACACAGAAACGACAUGAUGCUGAAACUGAUAAUACCUCUGAGAAGGUCAGCAAAAUUAGUUUGGUGGAUUUAGCUGGGAGUGAGAGGGCAGAUUCCACUGGAGCCAAAGGCACGAGACUCAAGGAAGGAGCUAAUAUUAACAAAUCACUGACCACACUGGGGAAAGUCAUCUCCGCUUUGGCAGAAGUGGACUCUGGUCCAAAUAAGAAUAAAAAGAAGAAGAAGGUAGAAAGUUUUAUCCCCUACAGAGAUUCAGUUCUCACCUGGCUGCUUAGAGAAAAUUUGGGUGGGAAUUCUCGUACAGCGAUGGUGGCUGCCUUGAGUCCUGCAGACAUCAACUAUGAUGAAACCCUCAGCACCCUCAGAUACGCUGACCGUGCCAAACAGAUCCGUUGCAACGCCGUUAUCAACGAGGAUCCCAACAAUCGACUGGUGCGUGAGCUGAAGGAGGAAGUGUCCCGUUUGAAAGACCUUCUUUACGCCCAGGGCCUUGGUGACAUUAUUGAAACAUUUCGGGGGUCUGCAGCUGAGUUAGAGGGUUUGAAAUACCUGUCCGAUUACAAGAACAAUAACAGUAAAGCCCAAGCUGUGAAUCAAAGGGAUGAUCUCUCCACAGUGACCAAUGCCAUGACGGGGAUGAGUCCCUCUCCGUCUCUCUCUGCCCUGUCCAGCCGUGCUGGAUCGAUCGCCAGCCUGCAUGACCGCAUCAUGUUCAGCCCAGGUAGUGAGGAGGCCAUCGAGAGGCUGAAGGAAACUGAGAAAAUCAUUGCUGAGCUCAACGAGACCUGGGAAGAGAAACUGCGCAGAACAGAAGCCAUCAGGAUGGAAAGGGAGGCCUUACUGGCAGAAAUGGGCGUCGCCAUGCGAGAAGAUGGUGGAACACUUGGUGUGUUCUCACCGAAGAAGACACCACAUCUGGUCAACCUCAAUGAGGAUCCUCUGAUGUCCGAGUGCCUUCUCUACUACAUUAAAGAUGGAAUCACCAGGGUGGGUCGUUUAGACGCCAGCAGCCGCCAGGACAUAGUCCUAAGUGGCCACUUCAUUAAGGAUGAGCAUUGCACCUUCACCAGUUCUACAGGGCCACAAGGAGAGACAGUUGUCCUGGAGCCUUGUGACGGAGCAGAGAUGUAUGUCAAUGGAAAGAGAGUGACGGAAGCCACUGUUUUAAAAUCAGGACACCGUAUUAUCCUGGGGAAGAGCCAUGUGUUUCGCUUCAACCAUCCCGUACAGGCAAGAGCAGAGCGGGAGAGGACCCCCUGUGCUGAAACACCUUCUGAACCUGUGGACUGGGCUUUUGCCCAGAGAGAGCUGCUGGACAAACAGGGGAUUGACAUGAAACAGGAAAUGGAGCAGAGGCUGCAGGAAUUGGAGGACCAGUAUCGCAAAGAAAGAGAGGAGGCCAACAACCUUCUAGAGCAGCAAAGACUGGAUUAUGAGAGCAAGCUGGAGGCUCUUCAGAAGCAGGUAGACCGAUGUUACCCAGAAGUCCCCGAUGAAGAGGAUGAGCCUGAGGAAGAAGUGCAAUGGACUGAGAAAGAAAGGGAACUGGCCGUGUGGAGCUUCAGGAAAUGGAGGUGUUAUCAGUUCACCUCACUUCGUGACCUGCUGUGGGGCAAUGCCAUCUUCCUGAAGGAAGCCAAUGCCAUCAGUGUCGAGUUGAAAAAGAAGGUUCAGUUCCAGUUCGUGCUGCUGACUGACACCCUUUACUCGCCCCUUCCUCCUGACCUGCUGCCACCGGAGGCCGUAGAAGAAAGAGAGAAAAGGCACUUUCCUCGUACAAUUGUGGCUGUGGAAGUGCAGGAUCUAAAAAAUGGAGCCACUCACUACUGGACAUUGGAAAAAUUAAGGCAAAGACUAGAUCUCAUGAGGGAGAUGUAUGACCGUGCUGCUGAUGUGCCCAGCAACACUGCAGAGGAAAGUGAGAAUGUGAUGAAAGGCGGCGACCCCUUUUACGACCGCUUCCCCUGGUUUCGUCUCGUCGGCAGAAACACCAUUUUCAACACAUGCAUGAGCGAGCACAUGAGUGACCCUACCUCAUCCCCGACCCUGUCCAACUCUGAAAUUACUGAGCUGGCGGACUCGCACCAGGAGGGUCGAGGGGAGGAGGAGGAGUUGGAGGACUUGGAGGAUGAUAUCUUUUUGGACGACUCAUGCUUGGAGCUUGAGAGAGAUGAUGAUGAGGAUGAGGAUGAUGAGGAUGAUGAUGAUGAUGAUGAUGAGGGAGAACGCUGCCGUGGCUCCAGCGAAGGCCAGGAUCCCUUUUACGACCGCUCACCAUUAUUCAGUGUAGUGGGAAGGGCUUUUGUGUAUCUAAGUAACCUACUUUAUCCGGUCCCACUGGUCCAUCGUGUGGCUAUUGUGAGUGAGAAAGGAGAGGUGAAGGGCUUCCUACGAGUGGCAGUGCAGGCCAUAUCAGGUUCUUUGUGUUUUCCUCCAGCUGAUGAGGAAGCGCCUGACUACGGCUCGGGAGUGAGGCAGUCUGGCACCGCCAAAAUUGCUUUUGAGGAUCAUUUGUAUGAAAAGUUCCAGUCAGAGUCCUGCUCAGUAGGUCUUUCCCGAACAGAAAUUUCCCAGGAGGAAGUCCGUAUUGUCGAGGGAGAGGGCCAGAAUGCUGAAAUGGUACCGUCAGCAGAUGAGGUCAACAACAACACAUGUGCGGCUGGUGCAGAUGAGCCAGAGCUCCCUCUAAAAGCUAGUUCUAAUGGCCAGCUGGAAGCAACUCUAGAGCACCUCAAGAUUGGGGACCUUUUCACGUUCAGGGUGACAGUCCUCCAAGCAUCAAGCAUUUCCGCUGAGUACGCCGACAUCUUCUGUCAGUUCAAUUUCAUCCACCGACAUGAUGAGGCCUUCUCUACUGAACCUCUGAAAAACACUGGGCGUGGACCCCCUCUUGGCUUUUACCACGUUCAGAAUAUCGCUGUUGAAGUCACAAAGUCAUUUGUUGACUACAUCAAGACUCAGCCAAUUGUAUUUGAAGUGUUUGGUCACUACCAGAAACAGCCUUUUCUGCCCCUCUGCAAAGACUCCAUGAGUCCCUUACGCCCCUGCAGAAGACAAUUUCCGAGCGUGAUGCCACUGUCAAAGCCAGAAUCCGAUACCUCGCCGGACCAGGAGAAAACACUGGAGCUCAUCAGAUACCUGGUCCCAGAUGUUUUCAAUGGAGCACUGGUGGAUUCGUUGUCGGGCCACGCCCUGUCUGCUGCUGGCUUAGCUGCUUCCUUCCUUCUGGAAGCAACUGAGCGAGCACAGCUGUCGUCUUCACAUGCAUCUAUCUGUUCAGUUAUAAAAGCGCAGAUGCCGGUUCCAGCCACCAAGCUGACAGCCAUGACACGCCCACAGGCUGGUCCCUGCCAUUGUAAAUAUGAUCUCAUGGUGUUUUUUGAGAUAUGUGAGCUGGAAGCCAAUGGCGACUACAUCCCGGCUGUGGUGGACCACAGGGGAGGAAUGCCUUGUCAUGGCACAUUCCUGCUGCAUCAGGGCCUUCAGCGGAGAAUCACUGUGACUAUUGUGCAUGAGUCGGGAGGUGAUGUGGAAUGGAAGGACGUCCGUGAACUUGUAGUUGGUCGUCUUCGUAACACACCAGAAUCUGACGACACUAUAAUCGACCCCAAUAUUCUCUCACUUAACAUUCUCUCUGCUGGAUAUGUUCGACCAAUGCUGGAUGACAGACAGUUUCUUGAUUCGGACAUGCCUAGGACGUUCUUUCGCUUUGAAGCAGCUUGGGACAGCUCCAUGCACAACUCGUUGUUACUCAACCGAGUCACUCCUUACGGAGAGAAGAUCUACAUGACUCUCUCAGCUUACGUAGAGAUGGAGAACUGCACUCAGCCUGCCGUCGUGACCAAGGAUAUUUGCAUGGUGUUUUAUUCUCGAGACACAAAGUUGUCCGCGUCACGCUCAAUACGCAACUUGUUUGGCACCGGGAGCUUGAGAGCAGCUGAUGGAAACCGUGUGACUGGUGUUUAUGAGGUCAGCCUCUGUAACUUGGCUGACAUUGGAAGCCCAGGCAUGCAGAGGAGACGCAGGCGGGUGCUGGACACCUCAGUGGCCUACGUCCGUGGGGAGGAAAACCUGGCUGGCUGGAGGCCCCGCAGUGAUAGUUUGAUCUUGGACCACCAGUGGGAGCUGGAGAAGCUCAGCCUGCUUCAAGAUGUGGAGAAGACCAAACAUUACCUGCUGCUUAGAGAGAAGCUAGAGUCGGCCCUUAUGGGUCAGUCCCUCGACUCCUGCAUCACAGAGGAGCUGAGCGAGCCGCCUCAGCCGUCUGAAGUCGACCCAGAUAUCAGCUUCAGUACGGAAAUCACCACAGAGAGGCAGAGAGAGCUUGCUGCAAAGUGUUUGCGACUGCUCAUGCACUCCUUCAACAGAGAGUACAGCCAUGUUUGUGUCAGCGCCAGUGAGAGCAAGAUUUCAGAGAUGUCUGUCACAACUCUACGAGAUUCCACAUCGAUUUGCGCUCUGAACACCAUCACACCCUCUUCAACGUGCCCCUCCCUGGUGGAGGGUUCCUUUAACAAUACUGACUUGAGACCUCCGGUCCCUCGUUCCCGUGCUGUCAGCCCUAAUCCCGACAGACAGCAUGAGUCAGGAGCCAAGAAGUCUACCGUCGGCCCCUCAGACAGCAAACUUUGCACGCGCAGAUUCUUUCCUGAUAUCCAGGAGAUUCGAGUCAGUCCCAUUGUGUCAAAGAAGGGCUACCUGCACUUCUUGGAGCCGCACACCAACGGCUGGGUGAAGCGCUACGUGGUCGUGCGUCGCCCAUAUGUCUACAUCUACAACACCGAGAGAGAUGCUGUCGAGCGAGCCAUUCUCAACCUCUCCUCUGCCCAGGUGGAGUACAGUGAGGACCAGCAGGCCAUGCUGAAGACUCCAAACACAUUUGCAGUGUGUACAGAACACCGCGGAAUAUUACUUCAAGCUGCAAAUGACAAGGACAUGCAUGACUGGCUGUAUGCCUUCAAUCCACUCCUCGCUGGGACGAUCAGGUCAAAACUGUCCAGAAGAAGAGCUGGUCAGAUGAGGAUGUGAGACCCGAGGAGAAUAAAAACAAAGACUUGAGAUGUACAUAGGUCGUGUCAUUCCCGCUCCUCUGUGUGCUGAGCUCCCGCCCAACUCUCCUGUAAACACCAUACAACCAUCUCUGUCCUGUUACAUGUUUUCUCUGCACGAAAAAAAAAAUCACCAGUUCCUGUCAAAUCUUUCUGUGGCGUGAGUCUCAUAGUCUCAUGAACCUUUCAAAAGCCGCUCCUAUUUGUUAUAGUGGGUGGCUUACUACAACUGAUAUAAUCUCAGAUAACAUGCGUAUGGUGAUGUAGUGUAGCUGUGUGUGUGUGUGCGUGUGUGUUUAAGACACGUUGAGCCUUAUACAUUUAUUCUUUAAAUAAUAUAAGAGUGGCACUGCGAUACUUGCAUCCGGAAACCAGUAGACAACUCUACACGACAAGACAAUGAGGAAACAUCGAUCUUUUCUGCCCAAUUCUUCGCAGUCAAAUGUUACCACACUCAACCAAGACUCCAUGUGUUCAUCCGUACUGACGGUAACCGCAUUUAAACAGUCAAGCAUCACUCACACUAACCCGCCUCUCUGAACGUCCAUCCCACUCUGAUUUUUAUUUGUCAGAAAAUGUGAUAUAUAUAUAUAAAUAUAUACAUAGAUAUAACAGCUUUUUAUUAUUUAUUUCUGCAUGUAUUUAUUUACAAAGACAUUUAUAUAUUUCUAAAGUAGUAGUACAGUGCAAUUUCUGCACACUGCACUUUUUAAUAUCAGUUUCUUCAAUGUUCCAGUAAUCGUCCCUCUGCAAGAAUCGACACUGACCAGUUUCUUUGUGCGCAGUUACUUGAAUAACACUUCAAUAUAAGAUAGGAUAGUUGCACCUGACCCGAGGUCCCACUUCUUAGACACAUCUGAGGUCUACACUGCUACGGCUGCACAAACUACCUUGUUAGUCACAUGUAGUUUAGACGAAACCUCCUCUCAGUCCGGAAUUAUGAAGUAGUUUUCUGAGUGACAAGUAUGUUGAUUACAUGUAGUGCCUACUCAUUCUGCACAGAACACCUCUGCACUAGUUGCUUUGCUAACAAUAUCACUCAUGCUGCUACGUUUCUGGAAACAACUGAUCUCAUCGUCAUCAUCACUGACACUGACCGAAUGUUCACUAAUGGACUGCUGCAAAAGACAAGCAAGCAGACAGAGGGCUUGUUGUUUUCCCCAAGUUUUCCUCAGGUCGAUCAGCCUCGAGCGCAACUUAAGCAACAGUUGAUCCCCUCUAAAAUGCUAACUCAUUCUAUGUCAGGACACGCAAUGUUAGCGGUCCUCCUAUAAAUAAACUUACACACUUAGUUCGUCACUGUAAAGAUGUUCAUGUGAAACAAUUCUUCGCUGCGACUCUUUCUUUCCAGCAAUAGCGCCACCGUGUUGCAUUUCCUCUGCACACUUCACUCGUUUUCAAACUAUGACCAUAGGAUUGUUCCAUUGUGCACUUUCUUUUACAUCACAGCAAAAUUUUACUUGAGCCAACCAAAGUUCAGUUGGCAAAAACAUAAUGGCAUCGCACUGAAUGUACAAUCAUAUUGACGAAAACAUGUUAUUGUGUCCUAUGGUUUGCUUAUUGAUUGUAUCGUGUCAGGAAGUCUUGUGAUUGAAGGGUUUAUGUGUAAUAAUACUCAUCCGAUCCGUGGUGGGUUUCCAGUUCAUCCCAAUGGAAGAGAAAGUGCAGCUUUACACGACCACUUGUUUCUGUUUAUUCACCUUGACUGCCACCUCACAAAUCAUUUUUCUAUCUCAGCCUUGAAUGAAACGUUUUUGUGCUUCCACAUGUUUCUGUUUUGGCAUUGUACAUAAACAUGAUUGCUGUGAACAGUUUAUUAUAAAGUUGCAGCCAUUUGCAAAAUCUAAAAUGGGCAGUAGUUGUGUCAGAGGGUUGGAGAUUAGCGAUGAAUGUUUGUGUACACGGAACACAUGGUAUGAAAUAAACUUGGGAAUUA